UUACACAAAAAUUCGUUAACCUCAUUAAGUCCUGGAAUGUUUCAAGGGUUACAAAAUUUGCGUUACUUAGCCUCCACACGUGCUUACUUAUGCUGUAUAGUUCCAGCCAAAAUUACAACAUGUUCACCAACUCCGGAUUUAGAUUCAGCCUCAAGCUGUGAAAAUAUACUUGCUCACAUAUCUUUACGUUUAGCUGUUUGGAUUAUGGGUAUUGCAUCAUUUAUAGGAAAUAUACUUGUCGUUACCUUGCAUCACACCAAUAACAAUCAAAAGAUGAGUAAAGCUACAGAACUUGUCUUCAGUAAUUUAGCCUUGUCAGAUUUUUUAAUGUCAAUCUAUUUAUUUAUUAUUGGUGUUGCCGAUGUAAUUUACCGAGAUCGUUACUCUCAAUAUGCUGAAGAAUGGCUCAGUAGUCCAGCAUGUUUUAUUGCAUCUUUCUUAAUAUCUACAUCAAGCUUGAUGUCGGUUAUUAUGAUGCUAUUUAUCAGCAUCGACCGAUAUUUAAUUACUGCUAAUCCAUUUGCAUCAUUGGAUGGAAGAUAUAAACGGACUAAGAUAGCAUUAAUAGUUGGAUGGAUAUUGGCAUGCACUUUUAUUAGUAUACCAGUUAUAAUGGGUACUAAUCAAAUUGGAGAUAGGCGAUUACACGAAUUCAGUUCUAUUUGCUCUCCGAGUAAUUUAAGUGAUAAAUUUUAUGCUGGCUGGGUACUUGCUUUCGUUAUAAUACAAUUUUUAUGUUGGGCUGCAACAUUAAUAGUCUAUGUGUUGUUAAUAAUAUCAGUUAGUAAAACACAGCAAUCCGUUCGUAGUAGUGCUCAAUCUCGCAAUUUCACAAUUGCGAUUCGAUUAUCAAUAAUUUUAGUUACAGAUUUGAUUGCAUGGCUACCAGUUUAUGUUAUUUCUGCAAUGACUAUAAUUCAAGGCAAAUUAAAUAUAUUUACAUUACAAUUUGCGAUCAUCUUGGCUGUACCACUCAAUUCAGCGAUUAAUCCGUAUAUUUAUACAGCUACU